AUAAUCGUAUUUAAGGAGAAAAAAAAGCUGAAUCAAAUAGAAAGAUAUCUUGAACUUCAUGCAAUGGCUAUAGCAGUGAUUUCUCUGUUCAUCUUGUUUUACUCAUUCUCCAUAUCCAGAGGUGAUAUUUCAGGGGAAGUGGGAGUGAACUAUGGCCGAUUGGGGACAAACCUUCCUCCGCCGAGAAUCUCGGUGCGUCUGAUACAGUCGCUUCUGAAAGCCAAGCGCGUGAAAAUCUACGACGCAAACGCGGAAAUUCUGGAAGCGCUUCGGAACACGGGAAUUCAGGUGUCGAUCAUGCUACCGAAUGAGCUUGUGGUGAACGCCUCCACCAACCAGACAUUCUCGAACCAAUGGGUUAGAUCCAGCAUCGUACCCUUCUACUCAGAAACGCUCAUCCGCUACCUCCUCGUCGGCAACGAACUCAUUAGCAGCACAGGCAACGAAACGUGGGCCCACAUUGUUCCCGCGAUGCACCGAAUCUCACACUCUCUGAAAGUUUUCCGUUUGCAUAAGGUAAAAAUCGGAACUCCACACGCCAUGGACGUUUUGCAAUCGUCGUUUCCACCCUCAAACGGCACUUUCAGAAACGACAUAGCACUUCCCAUAAUCAAGCCAAUGUUACACUUCCUCCACAAAACACGCUCCUUCUUCUUCCUAGACGUGUACCCGUUUUUCGCGUGGGCCUCCGACCCGACCAACAUUAACCUCCCUUACACUCUCUUCGAGUCCAGAAACAUCACGGUAACGGACUCGUUAACUGGGUUAAUCUACACUAACCUGUUCGACCAGAUGGUUGACGCCGUUUAUUUCGCCAUGAAACGUCUCGGGUACCCGGGUAUUCGGAUCUUCAUCGCCGAAACGGGUUGGCCCAAUGGGGGAGACUUGGACCAAGUUGGCGCCAACGUCCACAAUGCUGCCACGUAUAACAGAAACGUAGUGAAGAGGCUUACCCAAAAACCGGUUUUGGGAACCCCGGCUCGACCGGGUUUGGUUCUUCCGGCUUUCAUAUUUUCGCUUUAUAAUGAGAACUUAAAGCCGGGUUUAGGUUCGGAGCGUCAUUUUGGGUUGUUGUACCCGAACGAGUCGAGGGUUUACGACAUUGAUCUCUCCGGCAGGACUCCGGAGUCGGAGCUUGCGCCAGUACCGCCGGCAAUGGAUUAUAAAGGGAAGGCGUGGUGUGUAGUGGCAGAGGGUGCGAAUGUGACGGAGGUGGCGGCGGCGUUAUCUUAUGCUUGCUCGCAGGGAAAUGGAACGUGUGACCCGAUUCAACCUGGGAACCCGUGUUAUAAACCCGAUUCGGUGACGGGUCAUGCCGAUUACGCGUUCAGUGCUUAUUGGGCGCAGUUUAGGCGCGUGGGAGGAACGUGCUUUUUCAAUGGGCUUGCAACCCAAACAGCAAAGGAUCCAAGUUAUGCUUCUUGCAAGUUCCCGAGUGUGACGCUUUGAAUACCUGUCUGUAAAUCAAAUGAACUGUCGCCAAAAGUUGUCCUGUCAUAUUUAUUAAUCUAUUUAUAAUUGCAUUUCUUUCCUAGCAUGUUUCAC